AAAGAAGAAUUGUACAAGCACAGAUAGCACGAGGGAAGUAUACCGAUAUGUUUGGAGGGGAAAUUUGGCUUCGGAUCGAGUACGGAGCGCGCUGACUCACGCGGAUAUUGUGUUUCCAGUCCUUGCUGUUUUAGUCGUCGCCGAACGAUUGACUUUUGCGAUUGAUACCUGUUCACCGUGUAACGGAGGAAAAAAUCAUUCCUCUUAUGGAUUUCGUAAAAAAAAUUGUAACCAGUAUGUUUCACUACAGGACAUAAAAACAAAUUUGAAUGCAACGAUUUGGGAAUUUGACAAAUUAUCUCCGAUUUUGAGAGAGAAGCUAAACAAUGUAAAGAAAGGGGUUUCAAACCAAUGUGAAUGCUGUCAGAUGAAAAUGAAGAACCCUUCCAUUGGAGCUGAUUCUAAAAUCAAGAGGAAGAUUCGGUUCAUUCAUGAAAUAUAUGCCAAUUUGAGUUUUGCACAUGAUAUGCUUGAUUCCAUAGAAAGUGUUAGUACGAAUAAAAACUAUGCGCAAAAUGCAAUGUGUCUAUUAUACCAAGCCAACAUGAGACUCCAGUGUAAAAGAAUACGGAAGAACAGAUCAUGGGCAAAUUUUGAUGAUUCAGGAGCCUGUAAACAAAACACAGGCUUAGUCUGCCGGGAUGAAUCUUGCAGCCACAAAAUUCCAGAGAUAAAAGAUUUAUGCAAAAUUCAAGAAGCCAAAACAGUUGCGGUGAAUACUUUAACAUUCUUGAAAACAUGCGUGAUGGAAAGGAACGAUAAACUAGUGCUGAAGCGAAAGUGUGGAAACAAGCAAAGUCGAAAGUGUCGAAACAAGCGGAGUCGAAACAAGCAGAGUCGAAAGUGUCGGAACAAGCAGAAAGGCCAAAAUCGAAAGUCGGGAAGCAAACGGCGAAAAGCAAAAAAUAGAAAAAGAAAGAGUCGCAAGAACUGAGUGUAGGCGAGCAAGAAGUGGGCCGGGGUACAUUGCAUAAUGACGUCAUAGCGCGAGCAAGAAGUGGACCGGGGUACAUCGCAUAAUGACCUCAUAGCAACAGCCCCCCUCCCCCCGUGUAUAUGUGAUACAGUGAACAUCCGAUUAACCGAGUUCUUUCAUCAGUGGCAGCUACUUAUUACAAACCUUCCAGAUUCAUACUAAUUUUUAUGUUUUCCGAAGAUAUUUUUGUGAUGUUAUAUAGAAGUAUAUUCAUUGUAAUCAUUAUUUAUUGUAUCUACAUAGGUUAUUUAUCGUGAUAGUAAUUUCUAUUAUUUUGUUGAUUAGUUACACAAUGUAUUACGUUAUUAAUAUUCAGACGCACGUACCACCAUGCACUUCUUCAGAAUAAGAUUUCACAAAUGUUACAUCAUUUCAUACUGUUUCGUUAUAUUUAACACAUAAAGCCUGGCCAGUUUGAUCUGAAUAAAUUUCAUCAAUUUUAACAUAUUGAUUGUUAGCUCUUUUAAAAUAAAGGAUUGUAGAAUCAUGGAUAUUGCACACAGGAGUGUGGAUUCAUGGACCCAAACGGAAAGACAACAUGAUCACUAUAUGUCUGCCUCGUGACGACAAAUAAAUUACAAAAUCGGUUGAUUUUGUAAAAGCAAUAUCAACUGUCAUUUUGCAGUCAUUUCGUUGUAAAAUUGUGAUUUACUAUUUCAAUGACAAAAGCAUAAGGUAUAUAAGUUUGUUAUUAAUAUUACACCCUAAUCUUAACUACGGAUUACACCGUUUACCUGAUCAAGAUAUAGGGCUCACGGCGGGUGUAACCUGUCGACAGGGGAUGCUUACUCCUCCCAGACAUCUGAUCCCACCUGUGGUAUAUCCAGGGGUCUGUGUGUCCCCUGCUCUCAAUUUUG